AUGAAGACCCCACUCUAUAGCUUCAUAGGCAACGAAGUGUUGUCAAUCGGCCAGGCACGGCUGGCCAUUUUGCUUGAAGAGAAGCCGCUCAAGAGGACCAAGACUACAAACUUCAUUGUAGUGGAUGUGUUGUCUGCCUACAAUGUUAUAUUGGGCCGACUGACCCUCAACAAGUUUCAAGUGGUGGUGUCCACCUUCUGCCAAAAGAUUAAGUUUCUGGUGGACAACGAGGUGGCUGAAGUCAAAGGCGACCAGUUGACCACUCGACAAUGCUACGUCGAGAUGGUUAAGUCUGAAGCAAGGGCCACUCGGAAGAACCAGCAUUUGGACGUAAAUGCCAUCAUGAAGGAGUCCCCACCCCCCGCGUUGUUCUACGAGGAGAAGGAGGAGGUCUAG